AUGGGCGCUUUCUUCGAAGAAAUCCCAGAGUCCCAGAUUAAAUGGAUUCUGGAGCAGAAACUGUUCUACGUCGCCACUGCGCCCCUCUCAGCUAAAGGCCAUAUCAACGUCUCGCCCAAAGGUGGUCCGUACUUCGGCGUCGACAACCCCCGCACCUUCUGGUAUCAAGAACUCACCGGAAGUGGGAGCGAAACAAUGAGCCAUCUCUACGAGAAUGGCCGCAUCACCAUAAUGCUCACAGCCUUCACGGGCCCACCCCGCAUCCUCCGCCUCUGGGGCCACGGCACCGUCCUCGAACACGGCACGCCCGCCUUCUCCGCCUUCGUCGCCUCCCACCCCUCUAUCACCACCAUCCCCGGCACCCGCUCCAUCAUCAAAGUCGACAUCCACCAGGUCGGCACCUCGUGCGGCUUCUCCGUCCCCUACUUUGACUUUGUCGGGCACCGCGACAUCCUGAACGAGCACUUCCGCAAGAAGGACGCGAGAUUCCGCGCGGGGAAGGAGGGGGAGAGCAUGCCGCGCUACUGGGCGUACAAGAACGCGUGGAGUAUGGAUGGGUUGCCGGCCAUGAAGACGGGUUUGGAGGCUGCGAGGGAGCAUGGCGUCAAGCCCAUAAGGAAAAUGGUGGGGAGGGCGGGGGAGGAGUUGGCUUAUGCGUCCAAUAAGUACGGCGGGGGCCGGAAGGUGGCGAGUCUGGAGCAGCUGCUGUUGGUGGCGUUGGUGUGUUUGCUGAUGGGGGCGUUGGCGGCGGUGCAGGGUCCGGCUUUGGUCGGGCGGUUGCAGGCGGUGGCGAGGGAGGCGCCGAGGCCGAGCUUGAUGGCGUGGAGUGGGUAG